CUGCGAAUAUAAUUAUUUCCGUCAUUUUGGAGGACGCUUAAUUCCGGUUUUGUCCCUGGAUAUUAAAGAGGUGGGUAACUGAUUUGAACCUGGCAGUGGGUUUUUCCGAUUUCUGAGGACGGCUAUUCACGCGCCAGCUUUGCUAUCAAGGCUGUUGCAUGCUUCCCGAUUUUUGAGGUCGGAGAUUUAGCCGGUUGUUUCGCACUUCUAAUAUUAUAAGCUUGAAACAUGAAGUGUGCAGAGCUUGGGAACCCUGAUAGUCCUCAUCCGGUGAGAAGACGCAGUCUGAGACUAGCAAUGGCGAAAGAGGAAAAUUUGCCCAGUGGUGGAGAAGCAUUGUCAGCGGAGGAUGAGCUUGAUGAAGUUCCGCUGAUUAAGAGAAUGGAGAAGGUUCAGGUAUGGGGGCGAAUGGAUAAUGGUGUAUGUGGUCGGUUUGCGUCACGGUAUUUCCCCUCCUGCAAAUUGGUUAAGCGAAGAGACAUCACAAAUGCUUUCAUCAACUUUGAUCGGGAGGCGCCGAAUACAAUGCCAAAUGAUGUCCUAAAGAUGGCUCUGAUUUAUGCGUUGGCGAAUUCAUUUCUUGGAAACCAGCCUUAUGUCAAUUUGCCGAUGAGUUAUCUGAACCUGGUUGAUGAUAUUAAUGAGUUCAAUUGUUACCCGUGGGGGGAUGACGUCUGGUCAGAGCUAAUUGAUCAUGUGUAUCGGUGUGCGGUGUAUAUUGAAAAAGGUGGUAGCACAAGGCCAACGUUUGGUGGCUACAUGUUUGCGUUACAGGUGUGGGCAUUUGAGACAUUCCCAUCGCUAGCAGAGGUUGUAGUGAAAGCCGUUGAGCCGACAGCCGCUGAGAUGUUGGUGGACAAUGUGAAAGAGCUUUUCAAGGAUGAACCCACUGCUUUGGUGAAGGGGAAGAGGAAGUUGUCAUUAAGUGCUUCCAAACGGGUUCGGAAUGUGAGGGAGAAGCAGGUGAAUAUACGCGAUGCGUUGGGGAAGAUUAAAGCUGAGGGAGUGCCGUCUGGAAGUGAGAUGUUGCCCGAGGUCAAGAAGGUUGACGUGGGAAGUGUGAAGGGUGCUGAUAAUCUGGUGGGUCAUAGAGGCAAGAAGGAGGGCGUGGCAGCAAGGGGGAAGCUAGAUGAAAUUUUAGGCAUUCUUCGACAAAAAGCUGCGACUGUUGAUGUUGGAUCAGCUUCGGGGAAGGGGUCUCUGCUGGGAGGCAAUGAGGAAGUGAAGGUGCAGGUGGCAGGACCCUCUGGUGCGGGGGAUAUCGAUGUUGGAGUUAAGUGUGGGGAUGAUCUGGAGUUGAGAUUUGAUGCCGGUGGUCCAUCGUUUGACCUUCUGACCCAAAUCCCGAAAGUAAAUACGAUUGCUGAUGACGUGCCAAAUGACAGAUCUGGUAAUGUAUCGGUGGCAGAGGGUAGUGAUGAUGCAAUGCAGGAAAAGUGUUUAGAUAUUCCGUACACUGAGACACAGUACGAUCCAUACGUCCUUGAGUUGAGUGACAGGGAAACGAAGAGGCAGGCUCCUCCGAUUUCGUGUGAACUGGCUGUAGUGGAGUGUGCGGCGGAUGGAAGAUGCAAGAAAAGCAUAGAGGGUGGUGAGCCUGUCAUGAAAAGUGGAGACAUUACAAUGCCAAAUCCUGUGCCUGUACCGGUUAAUGUAGAUGCUGCAUUUGGAGUUGGACAUGCGUUUUCUACGGCUUCAAACUCCAACAGUGCAUGCGUUGAGAUUGACCGGCCUAAACGGGUUCACAAAAGUCCGGAAAGAUAUACUCCAUCGGAGGCCGAGCAAGACAGGAAAAGGCGCAAGCUUGAACGGAUAGAGCGUGCUAGGGAACGUCAUACCCGUGAUGUGAUGGCUGUGUGUUAUGGGCCAUUUUCAGAGGAUUCGAAUGAGAUGCCUGCGGUGGAAGAAGUAGAGAAGGUGAGAGGAUUUUUGAAUGAAGGCUUGCUGAAAAGGCACGAUCGGGGGAACAAGACAUGUAGGUAUACGACCAAGGUGGAGGACCUGUCAAAAAACCCUAUUGUACUAGAUGGUUUUACGGUGGAUAGCAAGACAUGGCUAUAUGAGCUCUUUACAAACACAGAGUGGUUGCGCAGCACGCAUGUUGAAAUAGCAAUGUAUUUCCUAGAAGUGAAGGGCAGGCAGUAUGAUCUAUUGCAGUUGUACACAACAACAACCCCUUAUUUCUUACAAGGGUUGUAUAAACAUCAAGAAAGGGUGAAUGUUGGCAAGGCAAGGAAGAAGGAAGUCAUUAGUAAUAUGAAUCUAACAGCUGAGGUGAAGGGUUUGGCGCAGGAAUAUUCUAGGCCAUGGUCUGAAUGUGAUUUCGUACAUAUGCCCUUAAAUACCGGUGACCACUGGAUAUUGCUGGUACUAGAAGUCGAAGGAAGGACUAUACGCGUAUAUGAUUCGAAAGGAAUGAAGGGAAAAAGUUGUCGGGCUUUUAAUGAAUAUGUCGAGUGUAUCACAGAGUUGCUGCCAGUUCUACUUGAUUUAUUGAGCGUGUAUGACGAGCACUCUGAUGGGCCGAUGGGGAAAAAGAAGUUCUCUAUCAAUGUCAUUGACGGGUGUCCCCAACAAAAUGAUGGGUCCAACUGCGGAAUGUUCAUGUUGAAGUUUGCUGAGUUCUUAAUGAUGGACCGAGAAAUUUCUGAUGUGCACUCCCGCGAUAUGCAGGCUUACCGGGAGAAGAUGACUACGGAGUUCAUUGUCUACAGUAAUGAGCAGAAAGAGCAAACCAAAGACCUCUAGUCAUCUCAUGAUUUUAUUUCUCGGUGUUUUGAUAUCAUGGGACGUUUUGUUUUUGUUUUUGUUUUUUUGGGUGGUGGCAGAUACUUGUUAUUGUUAAAGCAGUUUAAGUACGCUUUGUGUUUGUGGAGAUUGGAAGUAUGGUUUUUGUGUGGAUUUGUUAAGGUUUUUUGUAUUUUUGAUUUUUAUCGGUCAGAGACAAUGUCCUGUGGUGUUUUAUAUUGCAUUAGUCUUUCAUUUGCGUCAUUUGUUUUGGUAUAUGGUGUUUGGCAGAGUUUGUUAUGGUAAUGGUUUGCUUUCUACUGUUAUAAACUGAUAACUGUGGG